GCAAAGCACCUUUACUGGAUUUUCACCUUAUUAAACUUCCCUCAGAUGGACAUGAUAUCACAAUCUACAAGACAUUGAUGUUGAACAUACAGAAUAUUAUACUGCACAUUGAGGAACUUAUGUUGCUGAAACUGUUUGAAUUUUUCAAGUACGGUGAGGUUGGUCCUGAGAUUGAAACCACGAAUGAGAGUCGUUAUGACGUGUUCAGAACUAACGCUUCAUUGAGUCAGGCUAAGCGAUACUUCUUUGAAACGAUCAAAGUAAGUACAGCCGAGUGUCGGUUGACGGUGCUAAAGUCCGUCCAGCUGCCACCAAGAUAUAAGCAACUCAAGUCGAGGAUGCAACUCAUGUUAAUACAGUUCCAAGAUGCACCAGUCAGCCUUGACCCAUUUACACGUGUGCAUGCAUUUGAAACUCAGGAGCUUCUUCUUGAAGUUGUUUCUAAACAUUAUACUGAAGAACUAAAGAGUCAAGCUGUUAAGAUCCUUGGUGCUGUAGACUUCCUUGGCAAUCCCAUAGGGUUGCUUCAGGAUCUCCGGGAUGGUGUUCGUGAAGGUUUAGAGGGCAAUGUUGCUGGACUUCUACGAAAUGUCACACAUGGCAUGUCAAACACUACAGCAAAGAUGGCAGGAACAAUAUCAGCCGGUAUUGGGUUGGUCACCAUGGAUCGCAAGCAUCAGGACAUGCGCCACCAGAUUCACCGCUCUCAUGGAGAAUCUGGCGUUGGCCAUUUUAUGGCAGGGGUGAAAGGGCUUGGAUUUGGAGUAGUUGGUGGAUUAACCAGUGUGUUUACGCAGUCAUACCAAGGUGCUAGCAAAGACGGAGUCGAGGGCCUCUUAGCAGGGUUUGGCAAAGGCAUUGUGGGCACAUUCACCAAACCUGUUGCAGGGAUGUUUGAUCUAGCAUCAGGAACUGCAGCUGCUCUUAGCUAUACCACUAGUAGCAACACCAAUCAGAUGCCACCUAAAGUGCGCAAGAUCCGAUGCUGUGUCAACCAAGCUGGUGUGCUGCCACGCUACACUACACAUGAUGCAACUGGACAGGAGUUUAUGCGCAAGAUAAGUGAAUCUGAAAGCAAGGAAAUGUAUAUAGCAUUUGAGACAUUACGAGACAGUGCGACAGAAGGAAUGCAGGCCUUGAUAACCAGUGAAUGCGUCCAUUUCUUGGGCGACUCGGACCCAUUGAACCCUGUGCUAAGCGUGUGGUACUCAGAACUGUACCACGCCAACCAUCUGAAAGUUGGGGCUAAACAUUAUGUUGAGUUAACAAAACAAGCAUACACCGAGGCUGGUGUCUCACACCCUCACUUAAGUCCUAAGGAAAGACCACGAGUUGGAUGUGACAAUGAAACUAUAGCACUAAAGGUUUCUCAGCAAAUCAAUUACGCUAAAAGUAAAUAUGAAGAAAUCAAACAAAUGGUAGCUACUGGUGCUGAAGAUCAAAGUCUUCUACUCGUACUCUGAAAAAACUCCACAUCACUGGCUGCUUCUCAGGGAUAACUCUUCAUUGAUUGGUUGUUUGCUGGAGUGAAUCAAUUGGAUUGGUUGGUUUGAAGUUUACUAACAAGUAUACUUAAUUGCUACUACUGUAUGUUAGUAUGUAGAGACAGAGUUAAGAAAUAGCCUUUUUGCUGGUAGAGUUCGUUGAACCAUGAAGGUCAUUGAGCUUCUUGUUAAAUUUCAUUGAUGCUCCUUGUGCUUCAACUGGUAGCUGAUAUGCGCAUUAGUCAACUCUAAGGAGAUUUUAACCUGUUAGUCCUAUGUACACAUGAUGACCCUUAAGCAUGUUUACCAGAAACAAAACAUUGGUCAUGUGCAUUACCAGACCAUAGCACAUCAAAUAUACGUCUGUUCCAAAAUGUGUAUAGAUAAGUGUUCGGAGCUAUUUUUAUUGAGUCUUCCUUGAAAUAUAUAGCAUCAGGAUCAGUCAGCAGCAAAAAACUAGCACACCAAUGGUUAGGGUAUACUGCACCAGUGGUUUAUGUACAGCACCGACGGUUACAGCAUACUGCACCAAUGGUUUAGGUAUGCUGCACCAAUGGUUAAGCUAUACUGCACCAAUCAUGAGGUAUACUGUAUUGCAUCAAUACUUUAGGGGUACUGCACCAAUAGUAUGCUGCACCGAUGGUGUGGCACCAGUUAAGGUAUUCUGGACCAUUGGUUAGGGUACUGCACCAGUGUUUUGGGUGUGCUGCACCAAUGUACCGCUGGCUUAGGCGUACUGCAUGACUAAUAAUUUCAUUAUUUUAAAAAAAUGUAUUCUAAGGACAGACAAAUGAAGUAUUUACCUUGAAAUGUUGCACUGUUCUCUGUUUGGUGGGCUCUAUAUAGCCAAUGAUUAUUUGUUAUCAAAGGAAUGAAGGUUAAAGGUUUGUUGACAUAUGGUUCCUCAACAGCUUAAAUCAACAAUGCAAAUAAUAAGUUAGAAUAUAGUUUUAUCAAAGUUUAAAGAAUGUAUACUAAUAAUUGCAAGAUGUAAAAUUAUUAAAAGAUUUUAAAAUAUUGGUGGCAAAUUGGGUUUUACAGUAUGUAACCUAUAUAAUUUCUAGCCAUUAAAUAUUAUUUACUGAUUCAUAAUAUUUAUUAUUUUUUUAUUUAUUUACUAUAUUGAAUAAUGAAAUAUAUUUUUACUUGAAUUGGAUCUCACAACUCAAUUAUAUAUUUAUGUUAAUUUUGUUGCGUAUUAAUUUUCACAAUUGUUAUGUUCCUUAGUUUGAACACUAUUUAGCUGUCCUGAUUUUGAUGAUUAAUAGACAACCUUGAGUUUUAGUUCCAAAGGGAUUACUAUAGUAUUGGGGAAAGGGGAGUUUGUAAAAUUAUAUAACUUCUUUAUAUUAUAUGAAGUAACUGAUUCCUUGAUUGACCUAAGGUUAUUUCGUUACUCAAUGAAGAACAGUAAGCCUACCGUAAAACCUCGAAUAGAAGCCCAUCUUUAGUUUGCAAAAGUAGCCAGGGCUUCUUUUAUUUCCAUGAUGCAUGAGUUUUUUGUCGAGAUAGUGGAGUACAUACACUUUACAUGGAUUUCAAAGCAACAAAAUACAUUAAAAACAUGCUUGGUUAUACAGUAGUUUAGUUUAGAUUUAAUUCCGGUUAAUAGUAUUAAAUACACUACAUGAUACAUAUUGAUGUUACGGUGGCCCUAUUGUUUUGUAGUAGUAAUUCUCAAAAUUUAUAGCAUUCAUUUUGAAAAAAAGCACCUUCUUUACGUUGCAAAAGUAUUCUCGAUAUGAAGCCCAUCUCGAAAAGAAGCCCAUCCAAAGUUUACGAAAAGACAAAACCCAGUGCUUCAAUUCGAGGUUUACGGUAUUUAUUAAUUUCUUAUUAAUUAAAAUGAAUGUCCCGCUUUUGAAGGGUUUUUUAUCUGUGCUAUGUACAUACAUAUGAUUACCCCAGGAUUUGGGUUGUGUAGCUUUAAUUUUGGUGCCAAUUACCCAUGUAUAUUGUAUGCAUCAGUUAAGUCGGACCUAAUUUUGAGAUUUAUCAUUGUAAAAAAACAUGUACAGUUUGAAAAUUUAAAGAGAAUUAUUAAAUAUAUUAUAGAUUAAA